GGGCGCCGCCGGCCCCUUUCAUGCGCGCUUCGAGGAGGAGAAAACGUCAGGCGCGAGGUUCGGCGGCGCGGCCGCCUUCCUGCUGUUCACGGCUGUCUCCCCGCCCGCAGUGUGCCGUGCAGGUGAAGCUGGAGCUGGGGCACCGCGCCCAGGUGAGGAAGAAGCCCACCGUGGAGGGCUUCACGCACGACUGGAUGGUGUUCGUGCGCGGCCCGGAGCACAGCAACAUACAGCACUUCGUGGAGAAGGUCGUCUUCCACUUGCACGAAAGCUUUCCCAGGCCGAAAAGAGUGUGCAAAGAUCCACCUUACAAAGUAGAAGAAUCUGGGUAUGCUGGUUUCAUUUUGCCAAUUGAGGUUUAUUUUAAAAACAAGGAAGAACCUAAGAAAGUCCGCUUUGAUUAUGAUUUAUUCCUGCAUCUUGAAGGCCAUCCACCAGUGAAUCAUCUCCGCUGUGAGAAGCUAACGUUCAAUAACCCCACAGAGGACUUUAGAAGAAAGUUGCUGAAGGCAGGAGGGGACCCUAAUAGGAGUAUUCAUACCAGCAGCAGCAGCAGUAGCAGCAGCAGCAGCAGCAGCAGCAGUAGCAGCAGCAGCAGCAGCAGCAGUAGCAGCAGCAGCAGCAGCAGCAGCAGCAGCAGUAGCAGCAGCAGCAGUAGCAGCAGCAGCAGCAGCAGCAGCAGUAGCAGCAGCAGCAGUACCAGUUUUUCAAAGCCUCACAAAUUAAUGAAGGAGCACAAGGAAAAACCUUCUAAAGACUCCAGAGAACAUAAAAGUGCCUUCAAAGAACCUUCCAGGGAUCACAACAAAUCUUCCAAAGAAUCCUCUAAGAAACCCAAAGAAAAUAAACCACUGAAAGAAGAGAAAAUAGUUCCUAAAAUGGCCUUCAAGGAACCUAAACCCAUGUCAAAAGAGCCAAAACCAGACAGUAACUUACUCACCAUCACCAGUGGACAGCAAGAUAAGAAGGCUCCUAGUAAGAGGCCCCCUAUUUCAGAUUCUGAAGAACUCUCGGCCAAAAAAAGGAAAAAGAGUAGCUCAGAGGCUUUAUUUAAAAGUUUUUCUAGCGCACCACCACUGAUACUCACUUGUUCUGCUGAUAAAAAACAGAUAAAAGAUAAAUCUCAUGUCAAGAUGGGAAAGGUCAAAGUUGAAAGUGAGAUAUCAGAGAAGAAAAAAUCAACUUUACCACCAUUUGAUGAUAUUGUGGAUCCCAAUGAUUCAGACGUGGAGGAGAAUAUGUCCUCUAAAUCUGAUUCCGAGCAACCCAGUCCUGCCAGCUCCAGCUCCAGCUCCAGCUCCAGCUUCACACCGUCCCAGACCAGGCAACAAGGUCCCUUAAGGUCUAUAAUGAAAGAUCUGCAUUCUGAUGACAAUGAGGAGGAAUCGGAUGAGGCAGAGGAUAAUGACAAUGACUCUGAAAUGGAAAGACCUGUACAUAGAGGAGGCAGCCGAAGUCGCAGAGUUAGCUUGAGUGAUGGCAGUGAUAGUGAAAGCAGUUCUGCUUCUUCACCCCUACGUCAUGAACCUCCACCACCAUUAUUAAAAACCAACAACAACCAGAUUCUUGAAGUGAAAAGUCCAAUAAAGCAGAGCAAAUCAGAUAAGCAAAUAAAGAAUGGUGAAUGCGACAAGGCAUACCUGGACGAGUUGGUAGAGCUGCACAGAAGGUUAAUGACGCUAAGGGAGAGACACAUUCUGCAGCAGAUUGUGAACCUUAUAGAAGAAACUGGACACUUUCACAUCACAAACACAACAUUUGAUUUUGAUCUUUGCUCACUGGACAAAACUACAGUCCGUAAACUACAGAGUUACCUGGAAACAUCUGGAACGUCCUGAGGAGACAACAACUGGAUGCAUCAUAAACUAUUGUUUUGGGUUUUUUUUUUUUGGUUGUGAUUUUUUUUUGUUGUUUAUAUGAAAACACUCAGAAUGAUGCAACCAAAAGGGAAAAAAUAAAAAUCAGACAACUUUCAGCUUUAUUUUUCUUUAAAGCCAGUCAUCAUCUCUUGAUAAAGGAGAGGUUAAGCAAACCAGCCUCAGCGGACCACUCUUCUCUCCAAGGACAUCCUGGGAAGAGUUAGCCUGGAUAGCCUUGAAAACAAACAGAGCAAACAAAACACAGGAACACUUCAAGAAUGUGUGUGGCAUCGUGUCUCUGUGGUGGCUCACCCACAGGACGAGUGCAUAUCCAACACACCGCCUUAUUACAUAACUGAUCUAUUUAUUACCGCAUACAGACACCCUAGAGUCUGAGGGAGUGACACCACCAGACGCUCCAGCCCUUGGUCGCGCGGAUGCCCUGUCAGUGCAGCGCCCUUGCCAUCCCACGCCCGGUGACCUUACUCUGUACGGUGUCGCUCUCCGCCAACUUGUUCCAAGUCCUUCAAUGUGUUGCGGUCUGUAUUUUCCACCUUUUGUUUUCCCCGGUCAGAUACAAAUUACCAACUAGGGGAGGGAGGACCAAGUAGCCACCUCGAUUUUCUUCUUCUUUGGGGUCUUUUUUUCCUGAAAGUUGGGGCUCAGUCUUUGGCUGUCUCCAUGUAAUGAUCUUGGACCAUGGUAGAAAAUGCACCAAAUAGGAUCAUAUGAAUUGCUGUCUAGCCUUAGUCAAUAAACCUGUAGGACUUUUAACAAAAGUGUACCUGUAAAUGUCCUGAAUCCAGCAUUGUUAAGCUGUCAUCAACAUUCUUGUCAAUGUUUUACUGUUGUAAUGUUAGGUAAAAUAGAAGUAAAAGCACUCCACGGGAUCAGCAUUUUAAAAAAAGGAAUUCCAAUCCUAUUUUCUAAAGAAAUUUUAGAGAGUUUCAGAUCUCUGCAGCUGCCAGUGUAGUACUCAUCUUUACCUUAAAACCGGGAAUCAGAGGUUUUUGUUUGUUCAAAAAUGAUUCUCUUAAACUCUUCUGUAUUCAAAAAAUUAAAACCUUUCUUUGAGGAUAAUUCUGCCAUCACAGAUUAUGCAUUAACUUUUAGAUUCAGUGGUUUGGUACCUGUUAGUCACUUGCUAAUGUUUCCUUAAGGAUUUCCCGUAUUGGUGAAAGUAAAGAUGACUGGGGAGGGGAAACGUUUUUGUUCUUAUUGUACCCUUGUUUUCACACUAGAAAUCUGUCCUGUGGCAUGCAAAACAAAGCAAAUUAUUUUUAAAAGAAAAAGAUCACCAAAGUACUUUUGGUGUCAUUAUUCUACCCUCUCCACACAAGGAGAAAUGAAAAGUGAGACAGCUCAUCUUCCAAGUUUUUCUAGGAACUCACCUGGAAAGAAAAGAAAUGAAGAAAUACUUCUGGAUCCAAAUGUUCAUCACUGGGUCGGCCUUAAGAAAGUCUCUCUCUGCUAAUUGACCAGCGUCUCCCUCCUGUGUUCCCAUGCCGGGUGCUGGCCUUUCAUUCAGAGAUUAACUAGUGUCUGUACAGAAAAUGGUCUUUCCAGACCCAUUCUUUUGGGUAGUAAUGUAAAUGCAGAUUGCUAAUGAAGUGAUCUCUGCAUUUUAAAAAGGGGAUUUUUUACACUGUUUCUUUCUAUCCAAAGAAACUUUUUUUCCUUUAAAAGAUUAUAAUACAGCCAUGCUCCUUGUAAAUUACUUCUCAGAAGUGUCCUCCCAGAGGGCAAGUGUACUUUUUCAAGAAUGUUAUGAUUCUUUAUCAUGAUUGGCAUGAACCGUACUUGAAGCAUUUGUUGUACAGUCAGUUUCUUAAUGUGCAAUUACAGAGAUACUUUCCAAGUCAUUUUGGACAUCAGGUGAUUAAUGAAUUGUGUGGUUUUAGUUGUGUUUUGAUUUUCAACUUUACAGGUAAAAGGGGAAGGCAGUGUUUGUAUGAAAAUAUUUGCUAAAUUAUUCAAACCUCAUUUAAAUUUUCUAAUUGCUAAUCCACAUAGUCUCAUUAAUCCAGAAAUUUAUGUGGUUUAAUAUAUCUCUGUAGUUUAACUAGAAUCAUGUGUAUAUAGUUUGGACUAUUUUUAUUUUUGUAACUAAAUUGAUAGCAAACCUAUGAUUUGGAAAUACGAAUUUUUUUUUUGUUCCUUAAAUUACUAACCAAGAAACUAAGUCAGAUAAGAAAUGACACCUCCCCCACCACCACCAAAAGAAAAAAUGAGAAAGGCAGCUAUUACAAUGAUAAACUUUAGACAUGAAAAUUAGAUAAUAAUGUAGAGGUCUUCAGAACACCAUAAAAUGUGAUUUUUAGAUUGAUAACAAAAUUCAGAAAAACUUCUUAAUCUAUUUCUUACCCAGAUAGUAAAAUUAGUUUCCUAUAAAAUUCUGAUAGCAGAAGAGUUGUGGUGAUACUUUUGAAGUAGUGGCACUCUUGCUCUUGCCAUGUAAUCUUUAAUGCAGAAGUAAUAAGUCCACCUUUAAUUAAUCUCAAGGAGUUAUAACACAUCUCUUAAAAGUACCGUACUCAGUUCUGCCACAUUUAAAUACACCCAGCUUUGAACUGUGCAGAAUUUUUUUGACACAUGUCUACACUAAUAGUGGCUUUGGUUUUUUUUAAGCACAAAGGGGAAAUGGCAGGGUUUAAUUUCUUUGGGGUGUGUGUGUAUAUAUAUGUGUGUGUGUGUGUGUGUGUGUGUGUGUUUCAAAUAAAAUUAAUUGGGUGAAUGUGAAUAUGGUUUUAACCAGCCAGAGUAUGAUAAACUGUCUUUAAAUUUCUCCCCUGUGAUUUGAGGGGAAAAAAUGUAUGUAUAGAACUCCCCUUGCCUUAUAAUUAGCUUUUGCUUCAGUUUUGCAGCGGGACGUAUUUGAAGGGAGUCCUGUUUUAGGAUAUACCAGUCAUUAGCAACAAAAAUGUUUGCAGCUAUUUCGUAUCUUCACGGUGACCUGCCCCUCUUUAUGUAGACAAACAGGUCUUCCCAUCACUGCUUGCAUGUUAUGUCAGAGUAGGAAAGAACAUAAAAACUAUAGAUCAGGAGACAAGAACUUUAGGAAGUAAGCCUCACAAGAGAAUGUCCUAAACAUUUUAAAAUUGCUAAGCAAAUCUCUGAAUAAUGACUCACCUUUGUGUGGAAGAGGCCAGUACAGUUGGUUUUCUUCCAUUAAAGUGUUUUCCACAAAAAAGUUUUUGCCGGUAUCUUUUACAAACCCACCUAACGGUUUAAUAAAUGAAGCCUGUGUAACAUCCCAGUUACCAUUUCAAGCCCACAAAUGUUGUUAAUAUUCCUGUUUAAGAGAGACUUUACGCCUACGUGUUUUAACUCUACCUGUGUUUAAUGGAGCUGGAUGUUCAGUGUUGGAAGUGGUCAAUGUCUGUGUUGGUGGCUUGUGUUCAUUUUGCUCACUGUGGAAAUGGUCAACCGGAGUAAUCUGCUGUAUGCUUAUUACCUUCCAUCUUUAGCGUUUUGUGUACUAAUGCUAUGUACUGCUCCUAUAUUUAUAUAUAUAUAUAUACACACAUAUAUAUCUACACUUAUAUUAUCAAAGUACUCUUGCUUUGGACUGUUGCUCUUAAACUUUCACUAUGAUGUAGAGACCACUACAGCUGCAGUGAAUGUUGAGGUAUCGAUUCCUGUGGUUUAGGUUAGUCUUGGGCUGGAAGUCCCCAUCUUUGGACCUCUUCUGUUUUAUAUGAUGCUUUUUGUUAUGUAGGCACUGCCAUCCCUGAAUAUUCCUUGUAAAGAUGCAUUGAAGCAGUCAACUUAAAAGGAAGACAAAGCCACCACUGUCUGUAAACUGUAAAUAUGUAUUUUGGCACUUGUACUCCAGCAUCUGAAAACACAGGAUGAUGGAAAUGCUGACGGAACCUAACGGCGGCCAGCGCUGCCAUGCAGUGCAAAAAUAAAUGAAGUAAAAAUGUA